AUUAUACCUACUGCAAGCCUCCCACUGCAAUAAUUCCAACACAAAUUCUACAUAUCGAGAGUGGCGACUACCCUUCCAAACAAGGGACGUGCGCCAUAUUAUGUUCCAAGCAAUACAACAAUAAACUUUUCCCCAUUUAUGAUGCAUCGACGGAUGGAUCUUUGGGGACCAGACGCUCUUGAAUUCGACCCGGAUCGAUUCCUCGAUAGUCGGGUGCACAAGUAUCUCACUCCCAACCCCUUCAUCUUUGUGCCUUUCAGCGCGGGUCCUAGAAUUUGCCUUGGCCAACAGUUCGCUUAUAACGAGGCUUCCUAUUACCUUGUUCGACUCCUGCAGAGCUUCUCUUCUUUCAGCAUUGAUAUGGAUGCUCAGUCGCCUGAAGGUAUUCCCCCGAAAGGCUGGACCAAGACCCCAGGGACAACCAAAGGCAGGGAAAAGAUUAUGAUUGGAGUGUUUAUAACGCUGUUCGCCAAGGGUGGAUUGUGGGUCAGGAUGGAAGAAGCGAAAGAAGAAGCGUCAUUCUGAGUCAUCUUUCUUACUGCUUUGAAAUAUUUGUAUUGGUCUCGCCCAUGUAGCAAUUGUAAAAGUCUGAUUUUAUCGUUCCUGAAGAUGUAAAGCAGCCCUCUCUUUACAACAAGCAUGGUUAUACGUUGAUAGAUCUGCAGUAGGAAUUCAUGCCUAAUGAAUUCUUCCG